AUGGCAAAAAUGGUUUUCGAUGCGGUUUUAUUGAUUUUGAGCCUUGUAAACAUUUUCACCGUCGGGACGUUUGAGAGUCAAGACUCGCACGUGCGCUCAUCUGAAGAGUUCUCUUCUGGUGUUUUACAUCAGCAGACAGAAGCAGCGCUCAAUGCAACAUCACACACCCGCGCGAGAUCCAAACGCUGCACGUGUUACUCUUAUAGGGACAUAGAGUGUGUCUAUUACUGUCACCUGGGCAUUAUCUGGAUCAACACCCCACAGCACACAGUUCCUUAUGGCCUGUCUACUUACCGCAGCCCUCAGCGAUUCAGACGCUCCAGUGGCACGAUAGGGUUUGUGCUUCAUCACUGCAAAUGUGCAGACCACAAUGAUGCACUAUGCCACAACUUCUGUGAUUCAAGACUGCAGAACACUGUACCAGACAGAAGAUUGAAAUGACACUUCCCUGAGUAAAAACGCUGCCUUCUCUUCAUCUUCACACCUUGAGAGAUCUGAACUCAUGAUUAGCAUCAAACUAUCAAACUUGGCACCUUACAAGGCAAAGGUUUUGGAUUUUUACUGACUCUGAUUUGGAGCAGCACCUACGCACAUUCCUCAGCCAACAUUUCCGGGAACACCCUUGACUCAUCUGGUCCACAGUACCAUCUGAAUUCUUAAGAAAACACAUUGCAGAUUUUGGAAGCAUAUCUGUGGGUCCCAAAUCUUUGCUUCAAGGGUUAUAACCACUGUGCUUGUUUCAACUUGGCUCUAAACUCAUUAUGCAAAGAUAAGUAUGCUUCUAAUGCAUAUAUUAAGUGGAUGUCCUUGAAUUUGGGAACCUUGCAGUGUUGAAAAUAUGCCUGUAAGUUAUACUGUACAUUAACCUCCACUUUUUGUCAGAUUUUCUGAGAACCCAGAGAAAUUAUUGGGUGAAGAUGAAAAUUAUGUGGUUCUUCAAUUUUUACUUGUACCAAAGCUUCUCAACUUACCUGAUACAAGAAGAAAAAACAUUUUGAACACUAUUUCAUAUGUCUCUUUUUAAGUCAUCUCUGGAGAGAAAGACUGCCACAUUAACCACCACUACAUCAAUUUUCAACCUCCAGAAAAUAUUCCUUAGAUUUUUGCUCACUCAAGCUAAAUGUAUCUCUACUAUACAGCAUUUGAGGAAGUUACAUUUGAUACUCUUCAGAUGGCUUUAAGCUAUAAUUUUAUUAUUCAUGCAAAAGUAUGAAAUAAUGGUUACCAUUGUUGAGACAUACUGUAUACUAAACUGUCCAAUACUAUAC